AUGUUCUUCACAUCAUUGCUGCUCGGCAUCCUGCCCCUGCUCACGGCUGCGAACACCACCACCGGCUUUCACACGUCCAGCAAGCGAGGGCUGAUCUACAUCCCCAACUCUGACUUCCCCGCCGAUGACGAGGUAUGGAUCCAGAAGGGCUCCGACCUCUCGUGGUACUACAACUACAAGAUGUACCCCAACGCCGACUACGUCGACGGUACGGGACUGAACUUCGUGCCCAUGCUGUGGGGAGCGCCGUCCAGCUUCAGUGACACCACGUUUCUGGAGAACGUCACGUCCCAGCUCGUCGAGGGCAGGAACAUCACCCACGCCAUGGGCUUCAACGAGCCGGACAACACCGGCGAGACCGGCGGUAGCGACAUCGAACCCUCCGACGCGGCCAGGUACUGGAAGAAGCAGAUGGAGCCUCUGAGGAAACUCGGUGUCUCCCUCGGGGCCCCCGCCGUCACAGGCGGCUCGGCUGGCUUCCACUGGCUGUCCAACUUCACCAAGGCCUGCGACGGGGGCUGUACCUUUGACUUCAUCCCGAUACACUGGUACGGGAGCUUCGACGGGCUGGCGAGCCACAUCGCCGACGUCCUGGCCAUCUAUCCCAGAAAGAAGAUUUGGGUCACCGAGUUUGCCCUCGACAACUCGAAUCUAGAACACACCGAAGACUUCUUCCGGACGGCUGCCACUUACUUGGAUAAGAACGAAAACGUCUCUCACUACUCCUACUUCGGUUCUUUCCGCUCCUCCGCGUCCAAUGUUGGCAUCAACGUGGCCAUGCUAGACUCGCAUGGUAAACUGACCGACAUAGGGGGCUGGUACUUGAAGGGGAACUCUACUGGAGUCAAACCGGACAAUGUCACAGUCACGAAAACGCACGCGACAACUGCAGCAGGCCAUACGCCGACGUAUGCUGUGCCGCCGCUGGCAACAAAAACGUCUUGGGCCGUAUCGGCGUCGGUCCCGAAUCUCCUGGCUCUUCUUCUAGGGCUCAGUUUCUCAACUCUGUAUAUAUGA